CUAUUGUUAACACGAUUAUUCGCAAUUAUCAAGCCAUGGCCGCUCUCAAUAUUUCGUACUUUACGGUGAGUUUUCGCGUAUCCAUCAUUCCGCGCUAGUCUUUAUAUUUCCUCGCAAAAGCGGUGCUAAGAUCUAAACUAAUGCUCAAUCUCACCUCUUUCUAGAUUCCGGUGGCUUUAUGUAUGGCAUUGGGUGUUCGCACAUACCCUAUAAUGUCCAAGCCAGGCCUAAAGUUACUGGAUCGCAACAAGCCAAGGGACUUUGUUGAAGUGCUAAAGAAAGCCGAUCUCGACGAAAAUGUUCGGGGUCGCUUGUUGCGCGCUGAAGGCUGCGCAGCGAACUGGCUCGAGGCGCUCCCUGUCUUCGCAGCGGCGGUGACUGCAGGCAAUUCGGCCGGCGUGUCUCCUCUGAUCAUGAAUUGUCUUUCCAUCGGAUGGUUGAUCAGCCGUUUGCUAUACACAUAUGUAUAUGUGAUUUGGCAAGCCAACGAGGUAUUGGGUCCGAACGAAGCCCCAACUCGCUUCAAAGUUUGGGCUGUCGGUGCGACACUGGCGAUGUCUAUGUUUAUCCUCGCUGGACGCCAGGCUUAAGGUAGUUCUACACUCGCAUGCAAAAGGUAUUUAUUGAAAUACACCGGGAUUAUGGGGGGAAGAGUCGUCUCGGGUUAGCAUUUGCCUCAGUCUUCUCUGCUGUAGUACGGAGUGGUGCACAAGCUGCACAUAGGCCAGCGCUCGUCAUUGCCGGAGAUUCGGGUUUCCUUCUACAAGCAUUCAUAUUUAAUAGUGCGUUACUGAUAGUCGAUUUGAUCGUCGACCUCGGCUAUUUCCUAUAGGCAAUACAGACCCCCUUGGCAAGGAUUACGUACUUAAGCCUAGGCCGAGUUCUCUGAGAAUACUGGAUAGAAAAGCAAUUUAGUAGCAAUUCAUAGCAAGCUCGUAAUCAAUACUGCGACAUAUGAGCAUCUGGC